AUGACCAAUCUGAAUGAUUCUACCACAGGCAUAGUGUUCAAAGAAAAUGAGGAUACUGAAGUUGUAACAACAAAUGAUGAUAAUCCUAUUGUCAUUACAUUAAGAGAAGAUUCUAUAGAUAGAGAACAACUGAUAGACUUGUACUCAGAUUCAGUAUCAAAAUCCAAAUUUGUAUCAUUAUCUUUACCAGAAUUUUGGAUAGCUAUGAAGAAGCAAUAUCCGAUCGUAGCCAAUAAGGCUAUCAGGACUUUAAUUCCAUUUGCUUCUUCAUACUUAUGUGAAACGGGUUUUUCGGCCUUAGCAGCUAUCAAAAGUAAAUACAGAGGAAAACUAAAUACCGAAAAGGAAAUGAGAAUCGCACUAUCAAAAUUUACCCCACGAUUUGAUGAUUUAAUGCAACAAAAACAAGCACAGCCGUCCCAUUAA